GAGAGAGAGAGAGAGAGAGAGAGAGAGAGAGAGCGCUCUUUAAAUCCACCUGUUAGCCAGCAUAUUUUCUGCGCCUCCAUACUGUAGAUCAGGGAAGGUGAACUGGUUGCCAGUACGGCGCAUCAUGUAUUAACCCAGAGUUGAGAGAGCUGCAUCUCACAAGUCCUCAGCCGCUGCACACAAUCCUUAUCUUUAAUGGACCAUCACUGCCGACGAGACUAAACGGGACAUUAAUGCGCGAUUAAUAUGCCUUGAUUUCAGAAGGACUUUGCAACACCGCUGCAAGUCGAGCAACACAACGAUACGCCGCUGCACUUUUAUUCAUUUGAGAAUAUGACAAACCGAUCGCGGUAAACCGGAGCAGAGGUUUGCAACACAUUGUUGCAAAUAUUUUGAUGAAGAAGAUGAUGCUGUCUGUGCCGCGUGCCCCGUAACUGCCUCCAUUCAUUGAAUCCACUUUGGCGCUGAGCACCGCGUUCCCGUCUGGAGAUAUUCAUUCCCCUUUGCUCAAUUAUGUUCACUUUCGCUGCGUUUUGCUACAUGCUAUCCCUUGUCCUCUGUGCUUCUCUGAUCUUCUUCGCCAUCUGGCAUAUAACAGCCUUUGAUGAGCUUCAGACAGACUUCAAGGUGCCGAUCGAUCAGGGCAAUCCACUUCACGCGCGUGAAAGACUUCGGAACAUUGAGAGGAUCUGCUGCCUUCUGCGAAAGUUGGUGCUUCCAGAAUACUCCAUCCAUGUACUCUUCUGUAUCAUGUUCCUGUGCGCUCAGGAGUGGCUUACUGUAGGCCUGAACAUCCCUCUGCUCUUCUACAACACAUGGAGCAGGUACUUCCACAGCCCCACCGACACCAAGGAGCUUCUCUACGAUCCGGCAUCUGUCAUGAAUGGAGACACUCUGAAAUUCUGCCAAAAAGAAGCCUGGUGCAAAAUGUCCUUCUUUGUCCUCUCAUUCUUCUACUAUCUCUACUGUAUGAUCUACACAUUGGUGACCUCGUAACAGAGAUCUCGAUGCUCAAAAGUCCCCUUAUCAUAAGAUGCCGUAUGGUUGAAAGAAGAGGAGACACGAGUUCAAUCUGGAAGAGCAUAACGACAGUGUUUGGACCUACAGAUCAGACUUGAACCCCAUCUUCCAAAAGUAUAAGAGCCCGGUGUUGUUUACAGUUCUGACUCAAUGCCGUAGAUAUCUCAUGGACCUUGUGUGAUACGGUUUUCACAACCUCACAGUAACAUUUGCACAGAUUGUCUCAGGCACAGCACAACACGUCCUUUACCACAAACCUGCCAACCUUUACACUCACUAAACGUAGCUUAAAAUUCAUGUUGGGUAACACGAUUAAAAAAAGUCGGCUAACUUGAACAGCGAAUGUUACAUUUAUACCAGUCACACGCUAGGACAAUGAGUUUGAAUACAUGUUUGUAAAAAGCUUUUGUGAUAUAUAUUUUACGUGUAUUUGUGCACUUCAAAUGUAAGCAUUUUUAAUAUGAAAUACGUAUAUCUUGCAUUACUUGUGUACAUAGAGAAAUUUGUGUAAUGCUUUUCUGUGCUGGUGUCAGUUGGUUGAGAUGUUUUUGAAGUUUAUAAUUACAAAUGAUGAUAUGGAGGCUUUAUUGUAGAAAACAAGAGCCACUUUUCCACAAUUUUGCACAAACGUUGUUAUGAGUUUGCACAAUAGAUAGUUUUUGGUUGUGGUGAAAAAAACACACAUUUAUACACGCAGUAUGAGUCUUCCAAUAUAAUAUAGUGUAUCAAACUCUCACAGAUUUUCACAAAUGUUUAUAAAAAAGGACAGCAAUAUUAACCAGAAAAAUACAAGAUAUUUAAGAAAUCAAGGAACGUACCUUAUUAAAAAUAUAUAAUGAAGCAUUUCUCUGUUUUCCACAUAUUCUCACUACACUAUCUUUUGAACGCUAAUAAUGAUGUUGUUGGAUCAAACAAGCCAGUCAUGCAUCUAAACAAACUUCACAAUUACUGUGUGCAAUGCUUCUGUUAAGCACCAUUCAUAAUGUAUAAUACUUAAGACAUCAGUAGACAAUACUACAUCAAUUUCUUCACAGUUGUAGGGGAUCAUAAUACCAAUCCCCAGCAGAAAUUCUCAUGUAGCCUGCUGUCUUUUGUAUGCCUUAUGUAGUUAAAGGAUGACCAAACAUUUUAUAUCCCCAUUGAGUACGUGUUCACCCAUCCAAUUGUGAGUUAAGAAAUUUGUAUAUGAAAUAAAACAACUA